UUCCUCUUUAAAGGCAGUAGUGUGGUCAACACACCCAUUCCUUGCGCCAACGGUGAGAUUGCCAAUUGCACAAAAUGGUACGCACCAAGAAAUGAGUACGACACAUGCUUUAGCGUACUCCAUUCGCAGCAGCUUGAAAUUGCCGAGUUCCAUGCAAUGAACCCGUCGGUAAAGAGUGACUGUAGCGGGAUGAGCAUUGGCACAUACUAUUGUGUUUCGACAUAUAAGGUCCCUGUCAGCAGUACCCCAGUAGCCAAGUCAACCCCCGUGAGAACUGGUAUUUCAACACCAUAUCCCAUUCAAACAGGUAUGGUUUCUACAUGUGACAAGUUUUACAAAGUUGUUGCAGAUGAUUCAUGCGUCAAUAUCGCAAAUGAAUACGGCAUCUCAACGUCUUCUUUCUACGCCUGGAACCUAGCGGUCAAGACCGACUGCUCCGGUCUGCAAGCGGACGAGUAUGUUUGCGUUGCUGUGGCUUAA